AUUUUAGUUCAAACACGUCAAAGCUUGUAUUUUUUUUGCGAAUGACAUUAGUUGCUUCUCUUUUAUUUUUCCACUCUCUUCUUCGCGUGAUUUCUUUUCCACUCCGCAAUCACAAGGCAUGGAGAACAUUCUGGGUCUCAUCAAACUUCGUAUCAAAAGAGGCACUAAUCUCAAAGUUUGUGAUACUCGUACCUGUGACCCAUAUGUCUUUGUCACCAUGGCCGAACAGAAACUGAAAACUGGUGUUGUGAAAGAUAGCAUUAAUCCAGAGUGGAAUGAAGAAUUGACACUUUAUGUAAGCAAUGUUAAUAUUCCCGUACAUCUGACAGUUUCAGACAAAGACACUUUCUCUGUAGAUGACAGCAUGGGCGAUGCAGAGAUAGACUUAAAGCCGUAUCUUCAGUGUGUGAAGAUGGACUUGAGCGAUCUUCCUGAUAGCCAUGUAGUCAAGAGGGUUCAACCAGAUAGGACUAACUGCCUUGCUGAAGAGAGCAGCUGCAUAUGGAAGAAUGGAAAACUCAUCCAAGAGAUGAGUUUAAGAUUGAGAAAUGUUAAGUCUGGGGAAAUAACUGUGGAAAUUGAGUGGGUUAAUCUUCCAGAUUCAAAGGGCUUAUCAGAAGUUGAGUUUUAGGUGUGUGUGCAUGCCUUAACUUUAUGCUGUACUACUUGAGCUGAUAUACGUAACAUAUCAUAAGUUGAUGUUACUAUGUAACUUUUGGAGUGAAAACUAGAACUAGGUGAGUUGCAGAAAUAUCUAAUCUAAUCUUAAGUUUAUAUUACGAUGACAUGAUCAGUGCUAGUAACCAAGUAUUUAGUAUUUCUCAAGAAUUGCUGCUGGACAUACCUCACAAACAUAGGCAUUUAAUGAGUAAAGAUUAGUGGACACUUCUCCACUUAAACAUUUCAUUAGCACCA